AUGGCAGUGGACCCCGUCACCACCCUUUGGUGCCUGAAGCAGUCCACGUUCAAACGUGAGGGGCUGCCAGACAAGAACUCACCGCAAGCCCGAGAUAUCUGCUCCUUGAUCAAGCCCCAGCUGUCGGACGCCACCGGCAUGAGCGAUCUUCGGAGACGCCUGCGUGAAUUUUAUGAGCUCAGCUACACCAUCGCCUUCCGGCCGUUACAGCUGGCACUAAGGCAGUACCGUCAGCUGCUCCCUCCGUUGCCUGCCCCAUUACGGAAGCGGCGAUCAGAGGGGCAUCAGCUGCAUCGAUUCAAGGCGCUGACAGAGGCUCAACAGGAUGCGAAUGAGCUGCGGCAGAAGCUCAAACAUCACGCCACGCACGGUGGCCUUCUCAAGCCUAAAGGAGGAGUCAGACUGAUCGCAAAACACUCUCUUGUUGCAGAGCCUGGACAGAAGUCCGUGCUCGAGGUUCAAGUGCACAACGAGCGCCCCAAGGAGCGUCUGCUUCAUGUCUGGGAUAUUAUUAGCAAGCCACGCCACGUGAGCCUGUGGGACGAGAAAAUGGGAAUUGACAAAGUUCCAGUCCCUGCCAAUGGCACUGUGAACCUGCGCAUCUCCUACCACCCACCCCAGCAGGAGCACGUUGUUUGUCUACUGGUACUCAGCUUUGGCGGAUUUCACCUGGGGCAUGUGCUCGAGCUCAAAGCUGAGUCAGCCUUGCUAAAACAGCUGCGAGCCGAGAAUGAGCCUCGAGUGCGGCGCCGACAGCUUAAGAUCCGAGGUCCAGUCCACACAAAUGGAAUCCGACCUUCUGGCGAUCUUCCGAAGUACACAACCCCCUUGCCCAAAUUCGAGAACGCCACGCCGGUGUCUGAGCUUGCCAAGAAACUGCCAGAACAGCCUGAGCCGCUCACGCCUAGCACUUAUGCUAAGCGGCUUGCCUUGUUGUGGCAUCUCGAGGAGCAUCAAAUGAACCUUGACCUUGACAGAUACAGCAUGGAAAACGCUCCCCUGACCAUCAGCGGACGAUUUUUGGCUCUUGUCGUCCCUGGUCUCGCUGAGCGCCGACCCUCGGUGCUCAAAGGUGAUGCCAUUAUCAUUCAGAACGCGUCGGGCGAGUCCCACCGUGGAUAUGUGCACCACGUGCGCCAGUGCGAGGUGUUGAUCAAGUUUCACGAAACGGUGCACGCCCAGCACAUUGAUCGUAUGCCGUACAAUGUCAGGUUCACGUUGAAGCGGACCGGUCUGCAGCGUCGGCAUCGCGCUCUGCGCGACAUUUCUUCGUCCCCUUUGCUGCCGCUUGUUAUUCCCACACAUCCUCUCUUCCCGAAGAAGGCGUCAGCGUCACAGCCACGACAGCUCCAGUGGCGAAGUCCAAACCUCAACAACGAGCAGCAGCAGGCUGUGCAGGCCGUGAUUCAGCUGCCCCCACAAUCACCACCGUACAUUAUUUUUGGGCCCCCAGGAACAGGGAAGACCAUGACGCUCGUCGAAGCAGUUUAUCAGGCAAGUGUGCAGACGUGCAAUGUUAACAUUUGCAACAAACACGAGCCCUUUGCUCAUGCUCAUUGCGCUUCUCUUCCACAGGUGUUUGCCUCGAAACAGGGGUCUCGAGUGCUCGUCUGUGCCCCAAGCAACGACGCCACUGACGUACUUCUGGCCCGAAUUACCCGCGCUGUAUCCGGCCUGCUGCCUCAAAGCGCCAUUCUUCGAGCAAACGCGGCCUUUCGUCAGCGCAGUGGGGCCGACCGCGAGGAGGUUGCCAAGUACAGCUGCUAUGACGAAGAGGCCAAUGUGUACAAGCUGCCGGACAAUAUGUCGCACGUGCGCCUUGUGUUCUCCACCCUGGCGUUUGCCGCUACCGUGACCGACGUUCAGAACGGAUUCAAAGGUGUUGAUUAUGUUUUUAUCGACGAGGCCGGCCAUGCCGACGAGUGUGAAACCCUGCUGCCGUUGAUCGGCGGCGUGGGGGCCUGGUCCGAGUCGGUCGGCACCCGAAUCGUGCUUGCUGGUGACCCUUGUCAGCUGGGACCCAUCAUUCGCAGCUCUGUGGCGGUCAAACAUGGUCUGGGCGAGUCCAUGCUCGAGCGCCUGAUGUCCCAAGCUCCUUAUGCUCGCCAGCUCGAUGCGCCUACUGGGACUGCCCCCACGUUCAAUCGUGCCUACGUGACCAAGCUCAUCAAGAACUACCGCUCGCACCCAAAGCUGCUCGCAGUGCCCUCGCGCCUGUUCUACGACGACGAGCUGGAGGCUUGCGCCGAUGUUGAUGAGCGCAACUCGCUGCUCACCUGGGACCAGUUGCCCAACGCCAAAGUACCCCUGGUGUUUCAUGGGGUGCAAGGAAAGCACGAGCAGGAGGGAGACUCACCGUCGUUCUUCAAUCUGGAAGAGCUGGUGCAGGUGUGCCAGUACGUCGAGGACUUGCUGGACCACCGCCCGGCGGGCCUGAGGCCAUCCGACAUUGGUGUCAUUGCACCCUACACCAAGCAGUGCCAGCGUUUGCGGCGGCUCUUUGAGCGCAAAGGGUGGGACCGCAUCAAGGUGGGCACCGUCGAGGCCUUUCAGGGCGACGAGCGCCGCGUCAUCAUCGUGUCAACCGUGCGCAGUGUUCAACCAACGCAACUCGACACGGUGGACCUGGCCGCUUUCUUGCGUUUUGACGUGGAACACAGUCUGGGCUUUCUGCGCAACCCGAAGCGCUUCAAUGUGACAGUCACUCGCCCCAAGGCUUUGCUUGUGGUGGUGGGUAACCCAUUUGUACUUCGAUGCGACCCGUGCUGGAAGCAGCUGAUUGACUUUGCCCGGGAGCAAGGUUGCUAUGCGGGCACAGAGUAUGUCGGGCAAGCUGCCCAAACCGAGCAAUUCGCCGAGGCCAUGCGCAGUGUUGGUCUCGACCGAGAGGUGGACGGCUCAGACGACGACGACGACGACGACAUGGAUGAAGCCGCUGCAGCCGAUUUGCCAUGGCAACGGGAGCACUGA